AUGCCCGACAGCCCCGAUGACGCGGAGGAGUCUUUGAUCUCGCAGUUCGAGACAACUUUGACCAUCCGGCCGUCAGCACACGACGAGGAGGAUGUGUCGAUGCAGACGGUUCUUACAUCAGGGUACACUCGUGACAAAAGUAUUGUUGACAUUGACGAGUUGGAGGAAGAAGAAAUCAAUUCGGAACAGAUUCCCAAGUUGCGAUAUAAGCUCAAGCCUGCAGCUGCAGAGGUUAAGAGGGAGAGGGGACAUGACGUACGAACCGGAAGUUAUGCACGGCUGUUGCUGCUGUUGCAUGAUGCACAUCAUGCAAUGCCAGAUCAGAAGCAACCAAUUCUUCCAGAAUUGGCACCUUCGCCAUUGGUGGAUAAUUCAUUAACAAGGUUCCGCAAAGUCUUUGACGAGUUUAUUCGCUCGAACCCGCACAUAGAGGCCGAGUCGCCGCGGGUGGCAGAAAAGGAAAAAACGUUGGUGGUUCUUUCCCCACUUCUGGCCGAGCAUGUAAUUGGCCGCAAAUGGGAAACCAAAUCAUAUCUUGCAACCAUUUUCGAACGUCCCCAGCGUCUUCUUGCGUCAUGUAUAGGUGUGGGUGCGGCGCUUACCAUGUUCCCAUUUUAUUACAAAGUGAUAAACUCGACAAAACGAGGGUCGAUUUUCGCACCGUAUGUUCGGCGAGUUCAUGGAAAUCACUGGCCCAAUAUGUUGCAUGAACUAUGUAUAGAUUCGCAGGCGAAACUUGCUGCCGGGAAGCUCGAGGUUCCGGAAGAUUGGAAUACUGGAGAUAUUUAUUUGGUUCCUCGCACAAUUACUGCAGUGGAAGGAAGUAUAGGCGCAAUUGAAACUGCAUUUGAUUCGGUUUUUGGGCUGCAAACUCAUAAUUUGGCUUUUGUUUUGCUUCGUCCGCCAGGUCACCAUUGCCAUGCUUCACUCCCAAGUGGAUUUUGUCUUUUAAACAAUGCACAAAUCGGAAUUGAAUAUGCCUAUGAAAAACAUGGCGUAACCCAUUGUGCCAUUUUGGACAUAGAUCUUCACCAUGGAGACGGUCUGCAAGAUAUCUGUUGGGAAAGAGGAGGAUUUGAAGGAGACCAUGGACUUCAAGAAGAUGAAACAACCCCCAAAGAUGAGUAUGGGAAAGGGUUUGCUUCUUACCCAAAAGUUGGAUAUUUUUCUCUCCACGAUAUCAAAUCUUAUCCAGCCGAGCUAGGUUAUGCUACCAAGGACACCAUUCGGAAUGCGUCUACAUGCGUAAUGGACCAUGAUGUGAAUAUCUGGAAUGUGCAUCUUCAACUGUGGACAUCUGAAGAUGAAUUUUACAAGCAUUACCAGACCAAAUAUGUUGCUAUUCUCAACCGGGCCAACCAGUUUUUGAACACGGCGAAAAAACAGUACGAGCGAGAAAAAGAAGAGUAUGGUGUUGCCAUGGCCAAGUACUUGAAAUAUGCGGAAAAACCGCAUGCCCCACAAAUCAAAAAACCUGUUUCUCCUCCACCAUUCAAGCCUCUUAUAGUCAUCUCAGCAGGGUUUGACGCUCUGGAAUAUGAGAACCCGCAAAUGCAAAGACACAGUGUUAAUGUGCCCACUUCGUUCUAUGCAACCUUCACGCGCGAUGUCGUAAAAUUGGCGAAAAUUCACACCGGCGGAAAGGUGGUUUCGUUUUUGGAAGGUGGAUACUCGGACGGAGCCCUUUCCACAGGAAUAUUUUCCCAUUUAAUUGGACUCAUCAAUAACGACGAGGAUGAUUUGUGGAACCCAACUUGGGGAAGCGACCAAGUUAUGCGCGAGCUCACAAAAGGUUGCAAAAAAAAUUGGACUCCAUAUAAACGGCCGCUGGCCGAUAUCACGAUUUGGGCUAAUGAAACCAUCAAAAUAGGCCGGUCAUUGAUGCCCAAUGCCAUCUUGGCUUCGAAUUACAUAUACCUGCAUCAGCCGCAGAAAGGCGAUCCUGACAUUCCCAUACAUAAAAUGGUGCGUGAGAUCAUGGAUCUGCGUACCGAGAUCAAAAUAGAAGACGACGACGCCAGGAGAAGCCGGCGGCUGUAUUAUCGCCGUACCAAGUCAUAG